UGCUCCAGUAAGGCUUAGGCUCCAGCCUCCCAGGGAGCGACCCCCACCUCCAUCCUCCCCCACCCCAGUCAUCCCCGUGCCCUCGCUUUAGCUGAACCCUCGAGUCUAUGCACUACUGGGAGCUCUGCAAACUGGAGAACGACAGCUCACAGCACUUAUCCACACAGAGCUAUAGAGCUGGCACGGGUCCAACCUUUCCCGGUGUGCCAUCCCCACACAGCACUGCAGCUUUGGUCAUAUGAGCAGAAAUGAUGAGAAAAGCACUUUUUAAUCUUUUCGCACUCGCUUCCCUGUUCAAACAGUUGCAGGAUGGCUAUGACUGACUUGCUCAGCGCUGAGGAUAUCAAGAAGGCUGUGGGAGCCUUUUCAGCGGCUGAGUCUUUUAACUACAAAAAGUUUUUCGAGAUGGUAGGAUUGAAAAAGAAGAGCCCAGAAGAUGUGAAGAAGGUUUUCCAUAUUCUUGAUAAAGAUCAGAGCGGUUUCAUUGAAGAGGAAGAAUUGAAGUUUGUCCUGAAGGGCUUUACCCCAGAAGGAAGAGACCUAUCAGACAAAGAAACGAAGGCUCUUCUGGCUGCUGGAGAUAAAGACGGUGACGGUAAAAUUGGCGCUGAUGAAUUUGCAACUAUGGUGGCUGAAUCAUAAAGGCUUUGACCAAUGCAAACCCUUCACCCAUCCUUCACUGCCCAAUUCCAACCACCUCCUGCUGACUGCUUUGGCUCCUGUUCUAUUUAUUUAUGUUAUUUUAUACUCCAGCUCUGUUCUCCGCUAUCCUGCAACUCUGUAAUUGUGCUGAAACACUGUUAAAAUAAUAAAGGUCACAUCAAUCUGGGCUUUCUUCUCUCACUACAACUUGUUUCUUGUUUCACGUAGGCUUGGCACACGCUGAGAAAAAAUGUUACUGUUUUUUUUUUGCUGACAUCCCUGCUGCUUUAUCCCCAGCUAGGGUAAAGUAGGAAGAAAUUUUAAAAAUUAUUUGGGAUAAAACAUGCAUAUAAUGAGUCAUUCAGUCCAAGUCCUGAACUGUGGCAAAACUGACUGCAUUAUUUCUAAGCCAUCCCUGCUAAAUGGAUGCAUACUCACAGCCUGGAAAAUCUCUAGUGAUGGCAAAUCUCUAGUGAUGGCAAUUACCCAACUUCAUUUGGCAGUUUGUUCUUUCAACUUAAUCAGUGUUAUAGCUAAAAAAGUAUUUCCUAAUAUUUAAACUAUCUCCCCUGCUGCAUUUUGGUGAUCAGUAAAUUGAUCGUUGUCUGUAUAAUUUGUUAAAUUUGCCUGGUGCAGGGGGGUUUUUGGAUAAAAGGUUUGACAGGAAUAUCAGUUGGUGCCAAUCAUACAUGAAGAUAACUUCGUAAAUUAUUAAAAAGCACUCACUUCUGAAACACAGGGUAUGUUUACUAGCAAUGUUAUACAACUAUCUAGGACAGAAAGAAUGGCAUACUCACGAGAAAUAACAGUAUGAAUUUCAGGAAAAAGAACACCAAGAUUCAGGGGAGACACUGCAGAAUCCCACUGUUAAAACAGCAAAUCAGAGAAUCCCAUAAAAAAGAAUUUAUUCUAAAACUUUACCAGAGAAGUGAAUAUCCUCUUUGGAGUUACAUAUAGGAAAUUGAGACUUAUGCUAAGGAAAUGAUUACCCAAUAGUAAGCCUAUGACAAAGCUCAAUACUCAUUUCCCAAAUCCUGUUCAGUAACUUUGGCACCAAGGUUAUGCUUUUUUACCUGUGUUGUUGGGGGAUGUUUUGCUUUUAAAGCAAAGACUAAAGCAGGGGGAAAAUCCUUUCAGGCAAUAUCUUCCCCACAUCUUGACAGGACAUUGAUUAUUCCUGCAGUAAAAAGGAAAGGUACUUUCCAUUUCUGUAUUUCAAACUAUUCCCUGCAGCAAUAAUACCUUAUUCAAUUCAGAUUUAUUAUCACCAAUUUAGCAGAGACAGAUAAGACUGAAACCCUGCCAUCAUCACACUGUACAGAAUACCAUAAUCUGCCACAGAGAUUACCCAAAGCUACUCGGGAAGCCAGUAAACAUUCCCUAAAGCCAUUCUAGAUCCCCACUCCGUAGUAACUCGCAAGGAAGACUUUUUGCUGAAGAUGCUGUGCGUUCAAAAGAAAUCCUUUGGUUUUGCACACUGUAUAUACGGUUCUGAAGGAUGUAUUGAUUUUUAAGUAUUCUAAAUAAAGCAGAUGAAAACGG